AUGACCUUAGUGGCGUCGAAGGAGGGGAACGUAUUGCCCAUCAUGUUGAGCGUCCAGCAGCAGCAUCACCACCAUAAUCUCCAUGGGUCGUCCACGACCAGUGCUCAAACCCAUCGCGGCAACGUGAUCGUCUCCACGAACAGUAUGCCGUCCAACGACAUGAAGAUCCACCAACACGGUUGCAAGAGGUCCAAGAUCUACGGACAGACCGGACCGUACGGGACUGUUCCUCACCAGCCAGCUUCAGUGGCGAGGAGGAAUGCGAGGGAAAGAAAUCGUGUGAAACAGGUGAACAACGGGUUCGCUACUUUAAGGCAGCACAUACCCCAGAGCGUCGCGCAAGCACUCGGUGGAAGCACCGCUGGAACGCAUGGCGGUGCCAGGGCCGGUAGCAAAAAACUGUCGAAAGUCGAGACGCUAAGGAUGGCCGUCGAGUACAUCAGGAGUCUCCAACGUCUUUUGGAGGAGCAUGACAGCGGCUCGGACGCGAGUGUGUCUUCGCCGACCUCGUCGCCGCCCUCGUCCACCUCCUCGUCCACGUGUGGCUCCGGCAACGGGAUCGGAGUGGAGAGCAGCCACCACUCGCCAGAAUUGAGACUACGGGGGAACAUGAACGAAAUCAGACACCACAGCCCCGACAUGCACAGGCAUCUCAGACAAAAUCCCAGCCCGACAUUCGUGCCGGCGCCCUGUUCCGAAGCUUCCAGUUCACCCACGCCGAGCUUCGUUUCCGAGACCUCGUCAGCUGGCAGCCAGGGAUACGGAACUUCCGGCAACCUCUACACUGCCCAUUCCGACGGUUACGAUAAUUACGAGCCGAUGAGCCCCGAGGACGAGGAACUUUUGGACGUUAUCUCCUGGUGGCAACAAAGUCAAUGA